UGGCCGGCCUGUGGAGCACCUGUGAGCUUCAAAACAUUUCGCGUUCACUUUGCGUUGCGCGGCCGCGACCUUUUAUCCUAUCUUUUCGUCUCUAAGAGUGUGCGCUAUCGCUAUAACAUUUCGCAGAGUUCUUGAACAACAUCAUCAGGCUGUGAGAGUAGCCGUUGUGGUACUUUCAGCGCUUUCAGCGGAGGUGUACAGCUGAAACUGGCGACCAUGGAUUCUCUGAUGCAAACAAACCUCUACGAGCUCCUUCAGGUCGCCGUUGGCGCUGACGAGAAGGAGAUCAAGAGUGCGUACCGAAAGAAGGCAUUGACAUGCCACCCGGACAAGAACCCUGACAACCUCCGAGCAGCCGAACUCUUUCAACAGCUGUCCCGUGCCUUGGAGGUGCUCACCGACCCGGCUGCACGAAAUGCAUACGAUGCGGUGCUCAAAGCUCGCGAGGCGGCCAAGAUUCGCCACCAGGGUAUGGACGCCAAGCGGCGCAAACUCAGGGAAGAACUGGAGGCCCGCGAGGCGCCGGGGCAACAAGCAGCAGCUGCGGCAACGGCUCAGCAACGACUCGAGAAGGAGGUGGAGAGGCUACGCCGCGAGGGCUCUCGGCAGCUGGCUGAAGAGCGGGAACUGCUCCAACGCCAAAUGAAACAACAGAUGCAGCAGAAGGACGAACAGCCCGACGAUCUGACGAGAGUGAAGGUCCGCUGGAAGCAGCAGCCUGGACUUAGGGGCUACACAGAGACAAGCCUGCGGCAGCGGCUUUCCCAGUACGGAACCAUCAGCUGCCUCGUCUUCCGCAACGGGUCGGCUCUCGUGGAGUUCGAACGGCCAUCCGCAGCUCGCCUGGCAUCCCAGGUGGAACUAGGGAGCCCCGACGAAGGUCCACUCACGGUUCGUCUGUUGGGCGACUCGAAAGGCGGCGAGAGCACGCCACCCCCACCACCGCCGCAACCGAUGCGAACGUCUCAUGUCGACGACGACUACGAGGAUCUGGUGUUACGAAAGCUGCAGCAGGCUGCUGCUGCUGCAUCACAGCCAUAAUAACCGUGGUUGUACUCAUGCUCAUCAACUAGACUGUGCUUUGCACCACGCAUGCUUCGUAAAGCCCAGCGCCUUGCAAAGAUGUGCAGCCUUGAAACACCAGUGCGGUGCUGGACGCUCAGCUAGAGUGUACAUAAUGAAGACUGCACUCAUGGACACUGAAUCAACUAGGGGUGUGUGAAUAUACUAGUGAUUUUCGAGGUGCAACCAAAUACAAUUCAAGUAGUGCCAGAAAUGAAUAUAAUUUCAAAUAUUUUUCUAAUAAGUGUCAAAUAUGAAACAGCCAUCUUUACAGUUAGUACAAAAUGAUGUUCACAAACAGUUAGUACAAAAUGAUGUUCACAACCUAGUGUUUAUAAUUUUAGCAUUAAAAUUAUAAAUAAGUUGAUUCUUCAGGAUACUUUAGACAGUGUGAAUGAUCAUUGAACAACCAGUAAAGCCUAGCUGUCCAAGCAAAAUCAGACACUACGUCUCGCGUAUUAUGUCCAUGCCAUGCCUUUGUGGAUGAAAGUUAUCGUACUUUGUCAGACCAAUUUCGUGUUUUUUUGGGUGUAAUUAACAUCUUAAGGGGAGACGCGGGUCUUUUUUUUAUUUCUUUUAUUAGCUGGGUGAACUGAACGAAAUUUAACAAACUUAUCCCAUUUUUUCUGCAGAUUCCAAAUCUCUAAUUAGAUUUUUGGUAGCUGCAUUAGUACAAAAGAUGUGCAAUCUCUAAAAGCAUAUUUCUUACGAGAAUUUUUGGCAACUUUGCUUUGUCAAACACAGAAACAAAGUAUGUGGCAAGGCUGCCAGAGAGCUGGUUUAGCCGGUGAUGCUAAUCCGAUUGUCUUCAGCAAACUUUGAAUGCAAAAUAAAUAGACAUAAAUGUGAGUGAAAUUUUUUUGCUGCAUACUAUUUCUGAUAAUCGAGAAUUAUAAUUU